UAUGUUUUUUUUCCAGAAGUUUUCUUGUUUCUAUUUUACAUUUAGGCUUAAGUUCAUUGAGUUCAUUUUGAGUUGAGUUUUGAUAAUGUGUGAAGCUUUUUAUCUGGAGCAUCUCCUGUGCUGUGGCCUGUCCCGCCAGUCACCUGCGUGUCCCUGCCUUUCAGACCUCUACGUGUAUGCUGUGCUCGUGUGCUGUGUGGGGAUUCUCAGCGUUCUGCUCUUCACUCUGACCAUCAUCUGGCAGUCUGUGUUUAGCAAGAGGAAAUCCAGAGUGAGACACUAUUUGGUGAAAUGCCCUCAGAACAGGUCCUUCUUCUUCUCCAGCUCAGGGGAGACUGUCACCAGCGUGACCAGCUUGGUCCCACUGCAGCCCAAGAAGGGCAAGAGGCGGAAGGAAAAAGCUGACGUUCCUCCUGCAGUCCCUGCCAAAGCUCCCAUCGCUGCCCCGUUCCAUAAACCGAAGCUGCUGAAGCCACAAAGGAAAGUCGCCCUGCCAAAGAUUGCCGAAGAGAACUUGACCUAUGCUGAGCUGGAGCUGAUCAAGCCCCACCAGGCUGCCAAAGGCAUUCCCACCAGCACGGUCUAUGCCCAGAUCCUCUUUGAGGAGAACAAACUGUAACUCUGCAUCGUAUUUAAUAUCCGCCACCCCAGUUAUUUAUGAAACCCUGGAUACAAAGUCCUUAUUUUUGUAUUUUCACUUGUGCCUUCUGUGUGGUGGGAGCCCCAUUCCAACAGCAUCCCAGGUGCCUUCAGAGAGGUACAAGGCUCCUCUUUGCAAAAGAGCAGGGGCUGCAGCCCUUGGACAAAUCUCCCAGAACAAGAUUCUCUGGGUCUGAGCCCUGAGCGGUGAGGACUCUUGAUUCUGAGACCAUCCAAGGAGAUUUUCUGCUGAGCCAAACCCCUUCAUGUUUCUUCUUGUUUCUCUGGGUUUUAUAUUUUUUAAUCUGAAUUUUAAUCUUCUAUCCUUCCUGUAUCUGUGAUAUCAAGCUCAUAAUAUAUAGCUAGAGGAAAUGCCAUUAUAGGCCCAAGUGUGAGAUGGUAGAUAUGUACUAAUUGGUUUUCAAAGGAUCAGAUAACAUUGCCAGGGCACCCAGAGCACUGCAAAGUGCUUAUUGCAAGCAGUCACUCAAGAUAGCAUCUCUUGUUUUAAAUAGAUGCACUGACCCUGGUGAUUCAAGGGCAGAGAGACAGACUGUGAGGCAGUCUGUCAUCUAAGCUGAAAGUGAACUAUCUGGAUACCCCAGUGCCCUUUUCUCUACCCACUGUCCCCCACGGCCACCGGACAAAUAGAACAUCUUUCAUUCUGAAGGGCUUCCACCCCUUUGGCAGGGGGGCUUAUCCUGGUAUAGAGAGUCAUAUUCUCCAAGAAGUUCUCACUCAUCCUUUUCCAAAGGAGCCGGGAGGUUUGCCAUCGAUUGACAGAAUGGAAGAAGGGGACCUCUUGGAAGUGUGCCGAGGUUACCAACUCGAAUUGAAUGUCCACUCGUGUGAGAGCAUAGUCUUUUGCCUGGUUCCCCAAUGGUAGGAGAGUAGGAAGUAUAAGCAGGGCUGGAAAAAUGUGUCCUGAACACCCUUCUGUUAUAAAGUGCCUUGCCCGACUCAACUGUGCAUGUGAAUUCUAAUUGGCUUGGCUGGGAGGCAGGGAUGCAUAUGGCAAACAGAUCCAUGGGGAAGUGGCUCUGUGGGCCUGUAUGACAUCCAGGAUCUCACUGAAGGCGGAUCCGUUCUGGUACAGUCAUCCUAUCAGCUGUGUUGUUAAGGACACACUUCUUGAUGUGUGAGUGUGGUCUGGGUGGAUUUUUAGUGCACACUACAGAAGUUGUUUGGCUUUGUAAUGGACCGUGUAUAUAUGGUAAAUUAUAUAUUUUAAACACAACCUUGAGUGUGAGUUGUGCCCCUCUGUACAGCCACGUGAACUUGGUUGAGUUUAUUAUCCCCUAAUUGUCUCAGACUCUAUGUUUAUACAAAGGUGAGUUAACCUCUCGUAGAAUUCUUGUAAUGGGAUAAUGACUAUUGGAAGAUUCUGGACACUAUAAAUAGCUACAUAAGUACGCUAUGUUAACAUACAUGCUAAAACCAGUCCAUAUUUUCAAAUUGAGAAUGUCUUUACUAUUUAAGGCUCUCCUUGCAAUAACUUUUAAAGGUAAAUAUUUGUCCGUAAACUUGGCUCUACAGUAACUUUCCCAAAGACCCAUGAUAGCUUACUGGAAAGGGACCAAUCAGGAGCAGGUAAUGAUUUUCCAGAAGCAAAAGUAACCUGAAUUUACAAAGAGGAAGUCAUUCUCUCUAGCCUGUACCUGCGUCUCAUUCCCUCCCUCUCUGCCACAUUUCCAAGGUAGUGAAUGAACUGCGCAGUUUUUGAGGAGGAACUUCCCAGAGCAUCUCUUUAGGACAGGAGGAUAUAAGGUUAGUACACCAUUCAUAUCAUAAUUAUCCUAGGCAUCCUAUCAUAUUUUUAUCAUGGCAGUCUUCCAGCAGAACAUGGUUAUAUGGUGUUUUGGGGAAGGAGGAUGAU